AUGUCAGAAAGAUAUCGAAAAAGACGUCCAAAUGAUUUAAUGACUGUUAAAGAAGCGGCUCAGAUUAUUGAAAAUGCUUGGUGUCGACAUCGUGAUAAACAAAUGUUUCGAUUGUUGAAACAUGCUGUAUGUGCAGCUGAACAUGCUCUAUCAGAUAAUAUUCUUCGACGAAUAGCACCACGUGAAGCUGAACUAUUACGUGAUCCUAGUAUGAAUGUAAAAGUGAAAUUUCGUUUUGGUGGCACGGAAUUUCCUCCGGUGAUUUAUUUUAAAAUCUAUGUACGUAAUUUUAAUGGUGCUCUUCCAAAAUAUGUUCAUGGUAAAAAAAUAAUUAAUGCCGAUAUGAACGCUCGUGUAGCUGCAUGUAAACAAAUGGGAAAUCGAAAAUUUUAUGAACAAAUGCUUUCUGAUUCAUUGCAUGGCUCUGAUGGACGAGCAUCACAUGAAAUUGAUGUUGUUACAUUAAAAGAUUAUAUGCAAUAUUCAAGUUUACUUGAUGAAUUACCAUCAUAUCUUGGUGGAAGAGCAAAUCAUUGGCGACGGCUAAAUCUUGAAGAUAUUCCAAGAUACACAAUCUUUUAUGAUAUUAUGAGUUAUAUGGAAUCCGGUAAUAUCACAUCUGAUUUACGAGAUAAACUACCUAUUCUACUUAUUCAACCCUAUUCUUCAUCUGUACAAUUACAACAUAUCGAAUUACUCAAACAGAUUAAAUCAACACCAGUAUCACGAACAAGUCGUACGAAUUCUACAUUUACAAAAAAAACAUCACCAAGUGCACGUCGUUCUCGUCGUGCUGUUGAGAAUGCAUCAAAAAUGCGUGAAUCUUAUUUAAAAACAGUAUCGGAAUCAUUACCAACAACUUUAAUUCUUCAAUAUGAACAACAAAUAGCAACAAAUACAACUGAAAAUGACCAAUUAAGCAGUGGAAUUAAUGAUACAUUUAUGAGUAAAGAUGAAUUUAAUGAUGGUGAAGUUGAUGCUCUUUAUGCAUGGACUGAAAAACUUCAAUGGAAUGAUGAUUUAUUCAAAACAGAUCGAAUUCCAACAGCUUAA